AUGUCUACACCGAAACAGCAAUUGAAUGCCCAUGGGGAUCAUAAAGAAAAAAAGAGGAAAGAAAGUAUUUUAGAUCUUUCGAAAUAUCUUGAAAAAAAUAUCAGAGUGAAAUUUGCCGGCGGAAGGGAAGCGGCAGGAAUUCUUAAAGGUUACGAUCCACUGUUGAAUUUAGUACUUGACAACACAAUAGAAUAUUUAAGAGAUCAUGAUGACCCGUACAAAUUAAAUCAGGAUACAAGACCACUUGGUUUGGUUGUAUGUAGAGGCACAUCAGUUGUCUUGAUUUGUCCCGUCGAUGGAAUGGAAUCUAUUCAAAAUCCUUUCAUUCAACAAGAAGGAUAAAUUAGUGAUCUAGAAUUAAUUAUAACUUUUUUUUUCUGACAAUCUUUUUUUUUUUUUAGAUUAUAAGAGUUAUUUAAUUUUUUUGUUUCAAUUUAUUUUGAAAUAUGAAGAAAAUUUAAUUUCGUCUCCGUAUUUUUUUCAUACACAUUUAAGUGUCAACUAUAUAAAGAAAAUAUUAAUACAAGUAAAUAAAUUUCAACAUAAAUCAUUCAUAACUAUUUGUACAUUUAUUAUUAAUAAAUAUGACUUGUGGUUUUU